AUGACAGGGAUAAGUGUCGAUGAAUCUGCUCUUCACUCUUUAAAGGAGAGUAUCUCUAUUGAACCCGACCAUUUAAUAGUAAAGAACUGGUCCAUCAAUGCAUCUGUAUGCAGCUGGAUUGGAGUCACCUGCAAUUCACGCCACCGUAGAGUUGCAGAGUUGGAUCUUGCAAACAUGGGAUUAGUAGGCAGCAUUCCUCCACAGUUGGGAAAUCUCUCCUUCCUGGUUUACCUUAAUCUGAGUAGCAACAGGUUUCACGGCGAGCUUCCAGCAGAGUUAGCUUGCCUGCACAGGUUAAAAUUCAUGGAUUUCAGUAUCAACUUACUUUCCGGGAGGGUACCAUCAAGUUUAGGUCUUUUGUCAAAACUUCAACAGUUGCGUCUCGCGGAAAAUGCUUUUACAGGUGUUAUUCCACAAACAAUAUGGAAGAUUUCAACACUGCAAGCUAUAGCCCUCCAUAUGAACAAAUUGUCGGGCAAUAUUCCAAUAGACAUAUGCCAUCAUGUUCCAGAACUCGGAUGGCUGUCGCUGGCUUUUAACAACAUAAAUGGGACAAUCCCAUCCAAUAUGUCAGGGUGCGCACAACUUCAGAUUUUGGCCUUGCAGAACAACUUCUUGACAGGAACCAUUCCUAGAGAAUUAGGAAAUUUGACUACGCUUGAAUUAUUAUAUCUGGGCUUCAACAACUUAGAAGGACUUAUACCACAGGAACUUGAAAAUCUUUAUGGAUUGGAAGUAUUAAGUUUGCAAGGUAAUAGCUUGAGGGGAUCUAUUCCAAACAGCCUCUUCAACAUCUCGAGAUUAAGAAAACUAGUUCUCAACCAGAAUUACUUUUCAGGCUCACUUCCAUCUAGCAUAGGCAAUAACAUGCCUAAUCUGGAAGAACUCUAUCUUGACCUAAACACCCUCACUGGAGUUAUCCCCAACUCUAUCUCAAAUUCUUCGAAGGUAACAUUGCUAGACCUUUCUGGCAAUCAGUUUACUGGUCUAAUUCCCAAUACACUUGGUAAACUAAGGUUCCUCCAAUCUCUCUCCCUCAGUGUGAACAAUUUGGAAGCUGAUCAAGAGUUGAGCUUCAUCUCUUCCUUGAUAGGGUGUAGAUAUCUAAGAGAACUCUCAGUUGGUCGUAAUCCUCUUAAUGGUAUCCUUCCUGCUUCCAUUGGGAACAUCUCUAAUCUUGAUUUCUUUGAGGCAGGUUAUUGUGGACUUAAGGGUGAUAUACCAAAACAGAUAGGUAAUUUGAGCAAAUUGAUCACACUAAGUUUAUCUUACAAUGAUUUGACUGGAUCUAUUCCAGUUGAAUUAAAUGGUUUACAGCAGCUGCAAGGAUUAUAUUUUCAAGUCAACAACAUGAGAGGAUUAAUUCCGACGAGUCUUUGUCAUUUGCAAAAUUUGGGUGAACUUACAUUGAGCUCUAAUCAUAUUGUUGGUGCAUUGCCUCAAUGCUUAGGCAAUCUUACUUCUCUACGUAAAAUUCAUCUUGGUUUUAACAAACUAACUUCCAGUAUACCAGCAAGUCUUUGGAAUCUUAACGAUAUCCUGUAUUUCAAUCUGGCCUCAAAUCUCUUGAAAGGAUCCCUACCACCUGAAGUUGCAAAUCUAAGUGACGUGGUUGUUUUGGAUCUAUCGAAGAAUCAGUUCUCAGGCUACAUUCCAAGUACAAUCAGUGAAAUGGGAAAGUUGAUCAAUCUGUCCUUGGCUGAUAAUAGUUUUAAAGGACCUAUUCCUGACUCAAUUGGGGAAGUUAUAAGUCUAGAAAUGCUGGAUCUAUCCAACAACAGUCUUACUGGCAUGAUCCCAAAGUCACUUAUGGCCCUUCAUAGUUUAAGUUAUUUCAAUGUAUCAUUUAACAAAUUAAGUGGAGAAAUUCCAAGUGGAGGACCCUUUGAAAAUUUUACUUACCUGUCUUUUAUGUCAAAUGAAGCCAUUUGUGGUAAGCCUCAAUUCCAUGUUCCACCCUGUGAAGAUAGUUCUGUGCACAGAUCAAGGAAUAAGAAAGUUAUGUUGGUUAUACUUAUUUCAAUAACAAUUGCAUCUAUAGCACUCAUCUUGGCCAUCAUACUCGCCUUAAGAUACCGAAGUAGGCAGGGUCAACCUCAAGCUGAUUCACUACCUAAUAUAACGCUUGAAAGAAUUUCAUACUAUCAACUCGAACGAGCAACUGAUUGGUUUAGUGACAGCAAAUUGCUUGGCAGAGGAAGUUUUGGCUCUGUUUUCAAAGGUUCCUUUACUGACGGAACGCUUUUUGCCGUAAAAGUAUUUCAUUUGCAAUUGGAAGGUGCAUUCAAGAGUUUCGAAACAGAAUGUGCGGUGUUCCGUAGCCUCCGUCACAGAAAUCUGACCAAAGUCAUUAGCAGUUGUUCGAACCUUGAUUUUAAGGCCUUGGUCAUUGAGUACAUGCCUAAUGGGAACCUAGAAAAGUGGAUUUAUUCCGAUGGGCAUUUCUUGGAUAUCAUUCAGAGAUUAAACAUUAUGAUAGAUGUGGCAUGUGCAGUCGAGUAUCUCCACCAUGGUUACUCACCACCGGUGGUUCACUGUGAUUUGAAGCCUAGCAAUAUCUUGCUAGAUCAAGAUAUGGUUGGACGUGUUAGCGACUUUGGCAUAGCAAAAUUGUUAGGAGAGGAAGAAACUAUUAGGCAUACAACUACCCUGGCUACUCUUGGUUAUAUUUCACCAGAAUAUGGAGCCGAGGGGCUAGUUUCGACAAGCUGUGAUGUUUAUAGUUAUGGCAUUAUAUUGAUGGAAACUUUUACAUGUAGGCGGCCGACUGAUGAAAUGUUUUCUGAAGAUUCAAGCUUGAGGAAAUGGGUAGCAAAUUGUGUUCCAGAUGCAAUAGAUCGGAUCUUAGAUACCAAGCUAAUAAGUCAAGAUGAAAGACACUUGAAUGAAAAGCUAAUGUGCAUAUCAUCACUUAUGAACAUGGCCGUGAAUUGUGCGGCAGAAUCUCCUCAACACAGGCCAAGCAUGAAAGAUGUGGUAAUAUCAUUGAAGAAGAUUAAAGUCCAGCUCCUGGCACAUUGUCAGCAAACCUGA